AGUUCCCCAGCCCUCCUCCUCCUCCAGCUCCUCCAGCUCCAGCUCCAGCUCCAGCUCCGCGCACAUGCUCAGAGCUCCACGCCGCGCUCCGCGUCUCCUGAGCGGCCUGUGCUCUCCUGCGCUCCCGCUAGCACAGAUGCUCUCAUGGAGCUCGAGUCUCGUUUGCGUCUGAGUCCACCAUGCACUUUAGGAUUUCAAUAAGAUGUACGUGUGUUGUGAGAUAAUCAUUUUGCUUCUCUCCUGCAACUUCUGCGCCCUCGUCUACACUCAGGAUCCGUCCUGCUGCCAUCAUGCUGCAGAGCUCUUUCCUCAGUGUCGAGGAGCCUGUGAACAGCUCGCGACCAUCAGGAGUGAAUCGCGUCUGAAGCACCUUCUCCUGCGUUUGCCCAGUUACUGCCCCGAGUCUCUGAGUGAACUUUGGAUCUGCAUCAACAACACAUUGCCGGGAGCAUCAAAGAAGUCAGACGGAUGGGUGGGUUUGGGCUGCUGUGAGCUGGCCAUCUCCGCUGAAUGCCGCAGGGACUGCAAGCAGGCGUCGUCUAAAAAUGACAUCGCUAAAGUAUGCAAGAAAGACACAGAGAAACCACUCUACAGCUGUAUCACCAAAAAUGAAAUGGGCUCAGUAUGCUGCAGUUAUGCAGGGAGACACACAAACUGCCGUGAGUACUGUCAGGCCAUCUUCCGCACAGACUCGUCGCCGACCGUCUCCCAAAUCAACGCGGUCAAAGAGUACUGCCAGAGCAUCAGUCCGCAGCUCAUCGGCUGUGUGGCCAACUACACCAAAUCCUACCCCAUCCGGAGCCCCAUCGACAAAAUCAUCGUCUCGCCUCGCUGUUUUUGUGUUCUCAGGCCGACGGAGCUGUUUCGCAGCUGUAACGUUCAGUCAGACCAGGGCGCCAUGAACGACUUCAGACUCUGGUCCAACGGAACCAUCAAGAUGCCCUUCAUGAACAUCCCUGUGCUGGACAUCAGCAGGUGCCAGCCGGAGAUGUGGAAGACUGUGGCCUGUGCGCUGCAGAUCAAACCCUGCUACAGCAAGUCCAGAGGAAGCGUCAUCUGCAGGUCGGACUGUGUGGAUAUCCUGACGCAGUGUGGCGAUGGCAAGCGCUUUCUCGAGGGACAGACGCCCGAGCGCAUCUGUGACCUGCUGUCGGCCACGGACGACCCGGAGCGCUGCAUCCCUCUCCACAGAUACCUCACUCCCAGUCCCUUUGAGAACAGCAUUGAAGAAGUCAUCCACCCCUGCAACCCCAGCCCCUGUCCCAGCAGUCACCUGUGUGAAGUCAACAGAAAGGGCUGCCACCCCGGACACGACUGCCUGCCCUACUUCUGCGUUCCUGGUCACGGUGUGUCGUUCCGGGUCGACUGUCAGCCCUGCUCCUGCUUCGCCGGUGAAAGCAUCUGCUCGUCUCGUCAGUGUGUGCGCUCCGACGGCUCGGACGAGGACAGACGGCUCUUCACAGGGCUUCCCUGCAGCUGCGCCGAUCAUUUCGUGCCGGUUUGCGCUCGCAACGGACGCACAUAUCCCAGCGCUUGUGUGGCGCGCUGCGUCGGCUUCAAGGACAACCAGUUUGUGUUCGGCUCCUGCAGGAGCAUCGACCCCUGCUCCCCGAACCCCUGCCAGAGGAGCCAGAGGUGUGUCCCCAGGCGUCAGGUGUGUUUGACGGAGCUGUCAGAAUAUCCCUGUCCUCAGUAUGAGUGUGUUUCCCGUCCGGCCGGCUGUGACCAGAACCAGCUGGAUCCGGUCUGUGAUACAGACAACAUGGAACACGCCAACCUGUGUCUGCUGUUCCAGCGGAGCAAGAGCCUGGCCUACAUGGGACACUGUCAGGACGCCUGCAGGAAGCCCAGAGAGGUGUGUGGUCAUAACGGGGAGACCUACAGUACGGUGUGUGAAGCGUUCUCGGACCGUGUGGCUGUGGACUAUCAGGGCCGCUGUCAUGCGGUCGGCGUCGUGUCAGAGUUCACGUCAGACUCUGGCUGCAACGCUGUUCCCUGCCCUCCGCUCUCCAGCCGCGCCUGCAACCCCAUCACACCGCUCGGUGCCUGCUGUCCGGUGUGUGCAGGAAUGCUGCAGAUCCUCUGGAAUAAAGCACAGAUGAACAGCUUCGCUAAGCUGAACCGGAAUCAGCCGGUGACGGUUCAUGACAUCCUGAAGAUCUUGCGGCUGCACAUCUCUGUUCCUCAGUGUGACAUCUUUGGUUAUCUGAGCAUCGACUCUGAGCUCAUCUUCCUCAUCGUGCCUGUCGAUCAGCAGCCCACGCCGCUGCAGAUCGAAGCCUGCAGUAAAGAGGCAGAGAAGAUCGACUCGCUCUUAAACUCGGCCAGCCCGACGCUGGUGUCCCAGGUGCCUCUGUCUGCCUUCCUCCGCUCCGAGCUCCAGCUGUCCACCAUCAGCUCCGCCGCGCUGCCUCCGCUCUCCCUCUCCCUCUGUGUCUUCUCCUCCUCUCUCCUCCUGUCUCUAACAGCUGACCUCUGACCUCUGACCUCCACCGACCAGCACAAUCACACUCCAGACUCUUCUCUCAGUAUUAAGGACAGAUCUCACUGAGCUUUCCAACACUUUUGUACCUUUGUAAAAACAGCCUGUUGUUGUUGUUGUUUUUUUAAGUAUGAUAUAUUGUUUGAAAUAUUUUACUGUUCCUCUAAUGUCAAUCAGUUUUUAAAAAUUACAAAACGAGGAACCCAGCCAUGUAAACAAAUAUGACAAUCAUACAGCUCAUCCAUGAAGUGGUGAACACAAUAUGCCUUGCUUAUAAAUGUAUAAAUAUAUAUAUAUCUAUAUAAAUGUAUGUGCAUAGAUUUUUUUUUUUACAUAUGAUGAAGUAUUGCAAAAACAAACCUUUAUGUUGAAAAGAGAAGCAAAGUGUUCUAUUUUGCGAUGAUGGCGUCACAAUGUAGCUGCAUGAUUGACGGUCCCGCCGUGUUUUGAGCGAGUGUGUGGAAGUGUUGUGUUGAUGCUCCGAUCCUGACAGUAUUAUUUGGCUUUGGCAGCUGUGUAGCAUGAUGGGACUCCUGUCUGUCUGUCUGUCUGUGUGGAACACUUCCCAUGUAUAUUUUUAUAU